CCCCCUCCCUGGGCGCGGCGCCCCCGCGGAGCCGGAAAAUGCGGGGCGCCCUGCCCUGCGCGCUGCUGCGCCUCCUGCUCGUGCUGCGGUCGCCGCGGGACGGCGAGUGCGCUGCGCCCCAGGCCCCGCCCUAUUUGAUUGCCGCACCCUCUGUCUUCCGCUCCGGAGUGGAGGAAGUCAUCAGCGUGACCAUCUUUAACUCCCCCCGGGAAGUUAUGGUCCAGGCUCAGCUGGUGGCCCAGGGCGAGGCGGUGGCAUGGAGCCAGGGAGCCAUCCUGGAUAAAGGAACAAUCAAACUCAAGGUGCCCACGGGCCUCCGGGGCCAGGCCCUCCUGCAGGUGUGGGGCCGCAGCCAGCAGGCAGAGGAGGGCCCCCUCUUCCACAACCAGACCUCCGUGACCGUGGACAGCCGGGGCGCCUCUGUGUUCAUCCAGACUGACAAGCCGGUGUACAAGCCCCAACACCGAGUGCUCAUCAGGAUCUUAACGGUCACCCCAGACCUGAGGCCUGUCAGCGAGAAGCUGGAAGCCUACAUUCUGGACCCCAGGGGCUCGAGGAUGACAGAGUGGCGACACCUGGAGCCACUCUGCUGCGGGGUGGCCAACAUGACCUUCCCCCUGUCUGAUCAGCCCGUGCUGGGAGAAUGGUUCAUUUUUGUCGAAAUGCAAGGGCACGUCUACAACAAGUCCUUCGAAGUUCAGAAGUAUGAAGCUGCCCCUCCCUCCUCUGCUCUCCUUCCAGUGUUGCCGAAAUUUGAGCUUCUUAUUGACCCGCCCCAGUACAUCCGGGACCUGGACACCUGUGAGAAGGGGACUGUGCAGGCCAGGUAUACCUUUGGGAAACCUGUCUCGGGGAACUUAACGAUCAAUAUGACUGUAAAUGGCGUGGGGUACUACAGCCAGGAGGUGGGGCGCCCCAUCCUCAGAACCACAAAGAUCCACGGCUCCCAGGACUUUGACAUCUGUGUGAAGGACAUGAUCCCAGCCGAUGUCCCCGAGCACUUCCGGGGCACCGUCAGCAUCUGGGCCACGGUAACCAGUGUGGACGGGAGCCAGCAGGUGGCGUUUGAUGACUCCACCCCUGUCCAGAGGCAGCUGGUGGACGUCCGCUACUCCAAGGACACCAGGAAGCAGUUCAAGCCAGGCCUGUCCUACGUGGGGAAGGUGGAGCUGUCCUACCCAGAUGGCAGCCCAGCCGAGGGGGUGACGGUCCAGAUCAGGGCAGAGCUGACACCAAAGGACAACAUCUACACCACUGAAUCUGUGUCCCAGGGAGGGCUCGUGGUGUUUGAAAUCCCCUUCAUCCCUAUGUCAGCACAACAUGUGUGGCUGGAGACCAAGGUGACAGCACUCCAGGGGAAGCCUGUGGGGGCCCAGUACCUGCCCAGCUAUCUCUCUCUCAGCAGCUGGUACUCUCCAAGCCAGUGCUAUCUGCAGCUGCAGCCACCUCCCCACCCCCUGCAGGUGGGAAGGGAAGCCCAUUUCCCCGUGAAGUCCACGUGUCCCUGCAACUUCACCCUGUACUAUGAGGUGGCCGCGAGGGGCAACAUUGUGCUCUCAGGCCAGCAGCCCGCCCACAUCACUCAGCAGAGAAGCAGGCGGGCAGCCGCAGAGACACCGAUUCGGUUAAUGCACCUUUCUGAGACAGAGCCUCCUCCAGCUGCGGCAGCCGAGGUCAAUGUGUGUGUGACCUCUCUCCGGCUGCCUGUGACCCCUAGCAUGGUCCCCCUUGGCCGCCUGCUGGUCUUCUAUGUCAGGGAGAAUGGAGAAGGGGUUGCGGACAACCUCCAGUUUGCUGUUGAGAACUUCUUUGAAAACCAGGUUUCACUGACCUAUUCAGCAAAUGAAACCCAGCCCGGGGAGGUUGUUGACCUGCGGGUCAGGGCUGCGAGGGGCAGCUGUGUGUGCAUCACUGCGGUGGACAAGAGCAUUUACCUGCUCAGGUCAGGGUUCCAGCUGACUCCGGCACAGAUUUUCCAGGAAUUGGAAGAUUAUGAUGUUUCUGAUGCCUUCGGGGUGUCCCGGGAGGAUGGGUCCUUCUGGUGGGCUGGACUGGCAGCCCGACGCCGCCGGCGCUCCUCCGCCUUCCCGUGGCCCUGGGGCAUCACCAAGGACUCCGGGUCUGCCUUUGCUGAAACUGGACUGGUGGUGAUGACCAACCUGGUGAGCCUGAACCACCGACAGGAUGGUGGCCUGUACACCGAUGAGGCUGUCCCUGCCUUCCAGCCCCACACGGGAAGCCUGGUGGCAGCGGGGUCCUCCAGACAACCCCCCAGAGCAGAGAAGAGGAAAAGAACCUUCUUUCCCGAAACAUGGAUUUGGCGUUGUCUCAACAUCAGUGACCCGUCCGGCGAGGAGAUGCUCAGCGUGCAGGUCCCGGACUCCAUCACCAGCUGGGUGGGUGAGGCCGUGGGUCUGUCCGAGGCUUGGGGCCUGGGUGUCGCCGUGCCUGCCCCGCUGAAGACCUUCAAGCCUUUCUUUGUUGACUUCACGCUGCCCCCCCACGUGGUCCGCGGGGAGCAGGCCAAGGUCCCGCUCAGCAUCUACAACUACAUGGGCACCUGUGCCGAGGUGUACGUGAAGAUCUCUGUUCCCAAGGGCAUCCGGUUUGUCGGGCACCCAGGCAAACGCCAUCUGACCAAGAAGAUGUGCGUGGCCUCUGGGGAGACGGAGCCUGCCUGGGUGGUUCUCUCCUUCAGUGACCUGGGCAUCAGCAAUGUCACAGCCAAAGCCCUAGCUUACGGAGAAACAAGCUGCUGCAGGGAUGGGCAGUCCGUCAAACACGCGGAGGAGAGCUUCGCUGACCGGAGGGUCCCCACCGGGAGGGAUCACAUCAGGCGCAGUGUGAUGGUUGAGCCGGAAGGAGCCCCCCGUGCGUACACCUACAGUGUUUUCUUCUGUCCCAAUGAGAGAGUCCACAUCUCCACACCCAACAAGUAUGAGUUCCAGUAUGUGCAGCGGCCACUGUGUCUCACCCGUUUUGAUGUGGCUGUGAGAGCCCACAAUGAUGCUCGAGUGGCUUUGUCCGCCGGGCCCCAGGACACGGCAGGCAUGAUAGAGAUUGUCCUGGGGGGCCACCAGAACACCAGGUCCUGGAUCUCCACCAGCAAGAUGGGCGACCCUGUGGCCAGCACACACACGGCCAAGAUCCUCUCCUGGGAUGAAUUCAGAACAUUCUGGAUCAGCUGGCAUGGCGGGUUCAUCCAGGUUGGCCAUGGUCCAGAGCCUUCCAAUGAGUCUGUCAUCAUGGCCUGGACCCUCCCCAGGCCACCAGAGGUCCGAUUCAUCGGCUUCUCCACUGGCUGGGGCUCCAUGGGUGAGUUCCGCAUCUGGAAGAAGGUGGAGGUGGACGAGAGCUACAGUGAGGCCUUCACCCUGGGAGUCCCGCACAGCGCCAUCCCUGGGUCUGAGCGGGCAGUGGCCUCCGUCAUAGGAGACGUCAUGGGGCCUACCCUGAACCACCUCAGCAACCUCCUGCGGCUGCCCUUUGGCUGUGGAGAGCAAAACAUGAUCCACUUUGCACCCAACAUCUUUGUCCUGAAGUAUCUUCAGAAAACCCGGCAGCUCAGCUCCGAGGUGGAGCAAGAGACCACGGACUACCUGGUACAAGGCUACCAGCGGCAGCUGACCUACAGGCACCGGGAUGGCUCCUACAGUGCAUUCGGGGAGCGGGAUGCGUCGGGGAGCAUGUGGCUCACGGCCUUUGUCCUGAAGUCCUUUGCCCAGGCGCGCAGCUUCAUCUUCAUCGACCCACAGGAGCUGGAGGCUGCCAAGGGCUGGAUCGUCCGGCAGCAGCGGGCGGAUGGCUCCUUCCCGGCCGUGGGCAGGAUUCUGAACAAGGACAUCCAGGGUGGGAUCCACGGCACCGUCCCGCUGACGGCCUAUGUGGUGGCUGCGCUCCUGGAGACGGGCAUGGCCUCCGAGGAGGAGAGGAGCGCCAUUGCCAGAGCGAGGCACUUCCUGGAGUCCAGUGCGCCCCUGGCCGUGGACCCCUACAGCAGCGCCCUGACCACCUACGCCCUGACCCUGCUCCGCAGCCCGGCAGCCCCCGCAGCGCUGCGGAAGCUCCGCAGCCUGGCCAUCACCCAGGAUGGGGUCACCCACUGGAGCCUGACGGGUUCCCGGGACGUAGACAAGGAUGCAUUCCUGAGCUUCAGUGAUGGGGUCUCUCAGUCAGUGGUCUCAGCCGAGGUGGAAAUGACGGCCUAUGCCCUGCUGACCUACACCCUCCUGGGUGAUGUGGCCACAGCCCUGCCCGUGGUGAAGUGGCUGUCCCAGCAGCGGAAUGCACUCGGAGGCUUCUCCUCUACUCAGGACACGUGCGUGGCUCUGCAGGCCUUGGCAGAGUAUGCCAUCCUGUCCUAUGCUGGCAGCAUCAACCUCACUGUCUCCCUGGCUUCCACCAACUUGGACUACCAGGAGACUUUCGAAUUGCACAGGGCCAACCAGAAGGUUCUGCAGACAGCGGCGAUCCCCAGCCUCCCCACGGGGCUGUUCGUGAGCGCCAAGGGUGAAGGCUGCUGCCUGAUGCAGAUCGAUGUCACCUACCAUGUGCCAGACCCGGUGGCCAAACCGGCCUUCCAGCUGUCCGUGAGCCUCCAGGAGCCCGAGGCCAAGCAGCGGCGGACCCCGGGUCCCGCCGCCUCCGCUGAUGACGAUGACCCAGCGGCCGACCAGCAUCAGCAGGAGUACCAGGUCACCCUGGAGGUGUGCACCAGGUGGCUGCAUGCAGGGUCCUCCAAUAUGGCCGUCCUGGAGGUGCCUCUGCUCUCUGGCUUCCGGGUGGACAUCGAGAGCCUGGAGCAGCUGCUCUUUGACAAGCAUUUCACGCUGAAGAGGUACGAGGUGGCUGGACGCAGAGUCCUCUUCUACUUUGAUGAGAUCCCCAGCCGGUGCCUGACCUGCGUGCGGUUCCGCGCGCUGCGUGAGCAUGUUGUGGGCAGGACGUCUGCGCUGCCCGUCUCUGUGUACGACUACUACGAGCCUGCGUUCGAAGCCACGCGGUUCUAUAACGUCAGCUCGCGCAGUCCGCUUGCCCGGGAGCUGUGCGCUGGGCCCGCGUGCAACGAGGUGGAGCGCGCCCCGGCUCAGGGCCCCGGGUGGUCCCCGGGCGAGCGAGGUCCUGCGGCCGCCCCAGAGGAGGGGGCGAAGAUUUUGCGCUGUGGCUGCGCCCGGGACUGUAGCGCCCGCGGGGACCCGGUGUGCGGCUCCAACGGUGUCGUCUACACCAGCGCCUGCCACCUGCAGGAAGCCGCCUGCCUAGGCCGCGCGAGAUUGGAGCCUGCACCCCCUGGCCACUGUGCCCUCGAGCAGCUGACACCGGCCUCUGCGUCAUACAGUUACGACUAUGACCCAGUGCCCCCGGACUCUGGGCACCUGGCAGCCAGCCAUGGCCAUGAGGUGAUGGACUUGGAGGGGGAGGCAGAGGACAGUCAGAGUGGCUUCUCUUCCUAAUGCUCCAAGCAAGAGGACUUGAUCUGGCUGCGUCCUGUCCCUGCCUGCCCCCCCGGAAGGGGGCCACUGAGGGGAGAGCUCCCUUGCCCCUCUGGUGGGCGGGCGGACCCCACUCCAGGUGACUCCAGCCUCCAAAUGAACCUGAUACACGGAACGCAGAGACCUGCCUCGAUGGAUGACAGGCCUCCUCCCAGCCUUCCCUCAACCAGGGGGUCGGCCUCGAUCCCCCCACCUCCCCACCUGCACCUGGGACUGGCUGCACCCCUCCUCGGGCCAGAGCAGCUCCUGCUCCGGGGGCAGGGGUGGAAUUCCUGGGAAGGACCUGCGGCCAAAGGCCUCUGUCAGCAACUUCCAAGUGAAAUAGGCUGCCUUUCUCCAAAAUGCAAAGGUCUGGCCCCCUUUGGGGCACCUGGCUGCUGAGCCCCUGGACCUAGACCUCAAAUUGUCCCAUAAUGGUCACAGUCCCCACACACACCCCUCCCCAUCUCACCGCAGGGGUCCCUGAAUGUUUGGUCCUGACAGUGCCAGGCCCUUGGAGAGCCGCGGGCUCUGACAGAGGCGCCUUCAGCUUCCUGCCUCCAGGACUAGGUCGAUACCCACCCCAGGGUAUCACCCCCUGAGCCCCUGAGCUCCCGGGACCCCACACGGGGAACUGCCCUCUUCCAGCAUCCUGGGAGGGAGCCCCAGCUCUGCACCCAGGCCUGCCUUCGUUGGGGGACCCUCCCACAUUCCUCUUUGUAACCCUCAGGGGAUGCCUGCCUCUCUUUGCUCCCGUGCGGCCUGUCUUCUCCCCUUCACGGUGGUAUUUAUUGCAGCCGGUGCUGCUCGUCUCUGACCUCCAGCCAGUGGGUCCCCAGUGUGCAGCGCCGGCCACUUUCCCGCGCCGCUCACCCCCACCAGCCUACAAGGGACAGUUCCUGGGCCCUGGGCCCGCUCCCUGCGGAGGCCGCUCCUAUAAUAAAAGCUCAUUUCCAGAGUCACA